AUGUAAUAGGAGUAGCCAGGUAGUGAAUGUGAAGGUUAUAUAAUAAUUAAAUAUUUGGGUUAUGGAGCUUAUGCAGUGUAUAAAAUUUAUUAUAAGUCAUAAGUGUUAAAUUGGGACGAAAAGGUCAUGAAUUAGUAGCCAUUAAGUUCUUGAAGAUCAAAAAUGAAUAAGAAAGGCCUUAAAUAAUAUAAAAACUAAAAUAAGAGGUUUAUAUUUUAUAAUAACUUAAACAUCCAAGAAUAAUUUAACUUAUAAAAUAUAGCGAUAAUCUUACCUACAUAGUAAUUAAAUUCUUAUAAAUAGAAAAAAAAUGGAUAAAUUGUGGUAUGA